CCUAUGUGCAUUUCUCCUAGGCAUGUUUUGAGAUACAGAAGGGAGUGAAAGUAUUUAAUGUGCAACAGGAAUCUGUUUUUCAGACACAAGCUUCUACCUUUCCAUUGACCCUGCUGACAUGCUGCAAGCUAAAUAUUAAACAUUUUUUUUAUCAAUUGAAGUCCAGCCUGGGGAGAAGAGACAGUUAAAGAAAUGUCUCAAUUAUACUUGCAAUCAGCUAAUCAGACUUUGUGUGCAUCUGUGGAAUCAAGCUCUGAAAAUGAAAGCACGAAUGAAAAAUGGACCGAAGACUCCUUUCCAGGAUUAGAAAUAUUGUGCACAAUUUAUGUUACAUACGCUGUGAUCAUUUCAGUGGGUCUCCUUGGAAAUGCAAUACUCAUCAAAGUUUUUUUCAAGAUUAAAUCAAUGCAGACGGUUCCCAACAUCUUCAUCACCAGCCUGGCAUUCGGAGACCUGCUGCUUUUACUAACGUGUGUGCCUAUAGAUGCAACACGUUACAUUGUGGAUACCUGGCUCUUCGGAAGAAUUGGGUGCAAGCUGCUGUCUUUUAUCCAGUUAACAUCAGUUGGAGUAUCAGUGUUUACCCUGACUGUUCUCAGUGCUGACAGGUACAGAGCCAUUGUUAAACCCUUGGAACUGAAGACUUCAGAUGCGCACCUGAAGACCUGCUGUAAAGCGGGCUGUGUUUGGAUUGUCUCCAUGAUAUUUGCUAUCCCAGAGGCUGUUUUUUCAGAUUUGUAUUCUUUCAGCAAUCCUGAGAAAAAUAUAACUUUUGAGGCGUGUGCCCCCUAUCCUGUAUCUGAGAAGAUCCUGCAGGAAGCUCACUCCCUGGUUUGCUUCUUAGUGUUCUAUAUUGUGCCCUUAGCUGUCAUUUCGGUCUACUACUUUCUUAUUGCCAGAACUUUAUAUAAAAGUACAUCCAACAUGCCAGCAGAAGAACACUCUCAUGCCCGUAAGCAGAUUGAAUCCCGCAAGAGAGUUGCAAAGACAGUGCUGGUGCUUGUGGCUCUGUUUGCCUUCUGCUGGUUGCCCAACCACAUCCUCUACCUGUACCGCUCUUUCACAUACCACACUUCUGUCAAUGCUUCUACCUUUCAUCUGAUAGCAACUAUUUUUUCCCGUGCCUUGGCCUUCAGCAAUUCCUGCGUCAACCCUUUUGCUCUUUAUUGGCUGAGCAAAAGUUUCCGGCAACAUUUUAGAAAGCAAGUCUCAUGCUGCAAGGCAGCAUUCUGUGCAAAGCCUCCCAGUGCUCCCCAGAGCAGUUCUCCUACCAGAGCUCUGUCAGUCACAGGCAGCAUGCGUGGCUCAGAAAUCAGUGUUACACUGCUAACAGAUUAUAGCAUCACGAAAGAAGAGGAAAGUGUUUAGUCCAUGUGGGAAGAAGAAGGACAGAAACUGAGUCAUUGCUAUCAAGUCCCUGCUACUGGUAUCCUGGAACGAGGUGCCAUGGCUUGCCCUAUCUGUGAAAGUGUGUUCAUCAGGAGUUCCUCAUCUUUCAAAAUAUAGAAUAAAGAAAUCAAAUUGUGUGGGGGAAGAAGCUGCAACAGCUGAGCUUUCCAGCACAAGCUCAAAGGGAUUACUCAUGUUUCCAGGAAUGAACACAGAUUCCUAGCUGGAAUUCUUGUACUGGGCAGGAAGGGACUUAGCAGAGUUGGUGCAAGAAUUGGCUGUAAGGAUAGUUUUGUUCUUGGUGACUUGCUUUUUGAGUCAUGACUGUGAGCUCCCUCUGACAACUGCUUGCAUCCGCAGCAAGCAAGCAAAGCCACUUGGUCAUAACACGAUCAACCAGGCACAUUUUUUAUUUAUUUAUUUUCUUGUCCUGAAUGUUAAAAAUGAGUAAACACACAAGAAAGAAUGCUAAAAUGAAAGAAGGCUAAGAUUUGUAGCACUGUAAAGUAAAAAAAGAAAAAGCAAUAUGGGCCAGAUCCACGGUAGCUGUUGCUCUGUCAGUGACACAGAAAUUCUGGGUAAGAGCUGACUGCUUUGUAGUGAGAUGGAUGUUCCUAAGAAGUCAAGGGAAUGAGCAGGUGAUAAUUUCUCUGAGAAUGUUAUAAUCACCUUUAACCACACUUGUAAAAUUCCUUGUGAUAUAUGGGUAAAACAUCUUGAUAGUGCAGAGUUUUUUAUUGUUACAGUGAAUUAAUAUCAAUAAAUUGGGGUGGAUCUGUAUCAAGGGUUCUAUUUGG